AUGAGUGGAGCUUUGGAUGGAUCUGGAACCGGUGAGGAGUGGGCUGAGGACAAUGGGUUUUUUCAGGAAUUUGCGAAAGAGGCCAGUAGUGGUAUUUCACAGCGCAAACGCAAUCGUCAAGCCCAUUUGCAGGAUCAGGAGCAGCGAGAAGCCGCUUUAUUAGCGGCGGCAGAAGAAGAUGAAGUGACGCGAAAGGAACGUGCAGAUGUGGCACGUCGGCAGAUUGCAGCAAAGGUGCUUGCAAGGGCGAGUCCACGGGAAGUACAACAAGCCUUGAAGAAGGCGAAAAAGAGUACCUCGGUGAGUGGGAAAGAAACGGAAGGAAAGGAGCAGCGAUCAACGGCCCCUAUACAGAAGAAGAAAGAAAAGAAACAAAAGCGACGAUGA